CAAGGGACGCCCCGGGAGCGGCAGCGCUGAGACGGGACAGCUGCCCCUCGGGUGGGACGGGGCCGGGACAGAGCAGGGACAGAGCUGGGAUAGAACUGGGAUAGAACAGGGACAGAGCUGGGAUAGAGCUGGGACAGAGCUGGGAUAAAACAGGGACAGAGCUGGGAUAGAGCCGGGAUAGAACAGGGACAGAGCUGGAAUACAGCCGGAAUAGAACAGGGACAGAGCUGGAAUACAGCCGGAAUAGAGUAGGGACAGAGCCGGGAUAGAACAGGGACAAAGCUGGAAUAGAGCCGGGACAGAGCUGGGAUAGAGCCGGGACAGAACCGGGACAGAGCUGGGAUAGAACCGGGAUAGAACAGGGACGGAGUCGGGUCAGAGCCGGGCCGGCUGGUCCAAAGCAAGGACAGAGCCGGGCCGGCAGGUCCAAAGCAAGGACAGAGCCGGGACAGAGCCGGGCCGGCCGGUCCAAAGCAAGGACAGAGCCGGGACAGAGCCGGGCCGGCUGGUCCAAAGCAAGGACAGAACCGGGACAGAGCCGGGCCGGCAGGUCCAAAUCAAGGACAAAGCCGGGCCGGCCGGUCCGCAGCAGCGGUUCCGAGCCCCGGGCGGUCCCAGCGCUGCUGCGGGCGCCGGCCCAAGCCCCGCUCCGGCCCUGGCAGUGUCAGGGCUGCGGAGACUCUUAUUGUGACAGCGGGGACAGCAGGGCCCGCGGUGUCACCGCUGGCAGCACAUUAAAGCUGCGGGCUCGUUCCGCCGCGCACAGGGCGGCUGUGGCAGCCCGGGCGGGUGAAUGACCGGCCCUCCCCAAAAUACCGCCGCGGCCCGGGGCACAGCUCCUAGGCUGUAGGGAAAACCCACUCCAAGAAAGCCUCUAUUCUGCAAGGCAAGGGCUCCAUUCUAUCCAGGAGCCCAGCCAAGAAAACUUUUGUGGCCUACCACCUAGCUUUUACCAGCCACCUAUCCAAAGCCAGUUGUCACCAACCAAAACCCAGGACAGCCGCGAAACCUCUCCUAUGAGUGUCCCUAAUCUCCCAUCCGUUUCCUCUAUGUGCCAACCAACCAUGUUUAACUACGAGCGUCCAAAACACUUUAUCCAGUCUCAGAAUGUGUGUCAAGGGCAGCAGCAGCUUCCAGGACCUGCAGCCUCCACAGAGCCAAGCAGAGAAAUCAAGCAGUCCUCCAUCCUCAUCCAGCCUCGCAACCCCAGCGGGCAGAAAUUCUCCUCCUCGUCAUCGCUGAGCUCCUCAAUCACGCUCUCCUCGCCGUCCUGUAGUGCCCCUAAGGACCCCACAUAUCCCAUCACACCUGCAUCUGCACAGUCUCCUGCUAGCUCAUCAUCUGGGCAGAGGCUUCUGCCCAUGCCUAACCAAUCCCCCGCAGCCUUCCUGUGCUCCGUGCUCCCCUCGCAGCCCGACUAUAACAGCCCAGCUCCUUCUCCCGUGGAACCUCAUAGUUACUCACAGCCCAUGUAUAACAAGCAAGCCAGCAUCAACUCUAUGCAGAAGACAUCAGACCAGGAAAUUCGAGGCACGAAGGAGGCCCUCAUUCAGGACCUGGAGAAGAAACUGCGAUGCAAAGACAGCCUCCUCCAGAACGGCAACCAGCGACUGACUUAUGAGGAAAGAAUGGCUCGCAGGCUGCUCGGGCCAGCCAACGCUGCCUCCGUGCUGGACACCCAGGGAGAAGAGAACAUGCAGAAUGCACAGCACCAGAACUCAGAAAACAUCAGGCUGCAGGUUCCUACAACACAUGUAAGGAGCAGACCAUCCUCAAGAGGUGAUGAUCGUGGACAUGACUCAAUCCAGGAGAAGUUUUUCCAGCCACGUUUUACACAAGUGCCUGAAGAUGUCGUGAUUGAGGAGGGGAGGUUCUGCAGGCUCGACUUCAAAGUUAGUGGGCUCCCGACUCCAGAUGUGAUGUGGUACCAGAAUGGAAGGAUGGUUCACCAGGAUCAGUUCCAUAAAAUGAUAGUGUCAGAGAAGGGGUUCCACUCGUUCAUUUUUGAGGCAAUCAAAGCAGCUGAUGCAGGGACGUACGAAUGUGUGGCUGUCAACCGUGCAGGAGAAUCAUCCUUCACAGUCAAAGUGGAAGUCAUUGCCAAAGAACAUCACAUGCCUCCAACUUUCAUUUUCAAGCCACAAAGCAAAAAGGUUUUUGAAGGAGACACAGCCAGGCUCGAAUGCCAGAUCUCUGCCAUCCCAACACCUCGGAUUUACUGGAAAAGAAACAACGAAAUGGUACAAUAUAAUACAGACCGAAUAAGCUUGCUCCAUGACAAUACUGGAAGGAUUUGCCUCCUGAUCCAUAAUGCAAACAAGAAGGAUGCUGGCUGGUACACCGUGUCUGCUGUCAACGGGGCAGGGGUGGCCACCUGCCACGCCAGGCUAGAGGUUGCAACACAUGCAAAUAAGCCACUCCCAGCCCCAAAGCAGUUACGGGUUCGACCAACUUUUAGCAAGUAUUUGGCACUUAAUGGAAGAGGACUGGAUGUGAAACAAGCUUUCUCACCAGAAGGGGAGUUUCAGCGUUUGGCUGAGCAGUCUGGACUGUAUGAAAGUGAUGAACUUUAACUGGAAAUGAAGAGGAAACCCUCACACCUAUAAGAGACAGUUACAACAUAGAUGCAGUUAUCUGGUGAUUGCUCUAAUUAGCAAAAUACCUACUUACAUAUUUUUACUUUGACUCUUGCACAUUCAGCCGUUUCCAUUUUACCAUGUUAGAUUUUAUUUAUAUGGUUUGGUGACUGUAACCAUUAACUGAGUAUUGCAUUUUAACUAGAAAGCCUAAGGAAGCAGGUUAAUUAGUUUUUACGAGUGUGGGUGGGCUGAGUUCCACCUGUGCUUGGUUACAUGCUAAGGUAGCUUGGUUUGUACUGCUUCUCUAAUAUCACUCGUGAUAAUAUCAGAAGUCUGUACUGUCUGAAUACUAAAGAGUGUUUUUAUGAGAAUAAAUUAGAGGCAAAUAAAAUUUUAAAUAACCAACAUCA